AUGAAACUUAAAAAUUUUAAUGAAAAAGCAACCAAAAGGAACUUUAUUGCGCUCUUCUUUCUGAGGUGGUUAAUAGUUUCUGGAAUGUUGUUUUGCUAUAUUGUUCAUGCUUAUAAUGGACCUCAAAUCAAAGUUAAAAAUAGCAUACUACAUACUAAAUUGUACUCUGGGGAUAAGGAAGGCCUAGUUAGAUUUCAUCAAUUAAUUGGAGAGAUGCUGCAAUGUACAUAUAUUAUUCAAGACGAUACAAAUAGUAAUACAAGCGUGAUGAACUUAAAAUUUUUAGAUAUCAUUGAAAAUAGAAAAAAAUCAGUGGAUUGCCAAAUAUCAUUAAUUUCUAAAUGGUCUGGAGAAAUUACAAACUAUAUAAAGAUAAACCCAUAUACCAUAAUUACCGUCGAUUUAUGGCAUAGCUAUGCAAAGAACAACUUAAACCCAGAAAUUGAAAUGCUAUUAAUCCGCAUUUCUAAAAUGAGCAAAAAUCCCUUGGAAAAUAUUCAGGACUUACUUAAUAGAUAUAUGAUGUAUCUGAAUAAGUUAUACAGAUCAUACGAAAUAUUUAAGAGUAGAAGUGCAAAUAUAGAAAAUUUAGGAGAUGAAGAUGCAAUAAAAGCUAAUGUUGAAGCAGCUGUCAUUAAUCUUGGUAGAAUGGAGCAUACAGCUUUAGCUGAAUUAGUAGAAAUAUGUAGAAGAAAAACUUCAGAAAUGAAGGAAAUGAAAGAAUCCAUUGAAAAUUUAUAUUCUUUGAUUGGAGAUAGAAUGUACGAUGAGAGUCUGAUAAAAGCUGUAGAACUAACUCAAUUAUCAUUUCACCUAAUUAAUGGUCUAAAUGUUCUGGGUAUAAUAGAGGAACAAAAAAUGACAAACCGUUUCCAAAGAGAUAUGAAUCGCAGAUUUUUAGAAAUUCAAGGCAAGAUUGAAAACAAUACCUUGGCGAUGUAUCCAAAUUUUAAAACAUCUCCUAGCUUUAAUAAGGUUGUUGAAUAUCUUAUUAAUUCAGUAACCCCCCGACUGGAUUCAACAGCCAAAGCCCGAUAUAAUAAAGUGCUAACAGACAAUUUUCAAUAUUUAAUCCCAAAUUUUGGACUUUCUUGUCCAUAUUUUGUUACUGAAAUGCAACAUUCAAAUUCUAAUGGUAAGACAAAAUCUUCUAAUCAAUAUAAAUCCAAAGAUAAGAUAUUUGAUCAAAAUGCAGUAGAAAGCUGUAAAGUAGCUUGGAAGAAAAUAUCUUCAUAUUUGUAUAACGAGGGGGAAAUAGUUCCAAUGGCAGUAAUCAGAACUGCAACUAAAAAAGCUUUAAUUAGCAAAGUUAAGAAUGUUUAUAUAUGGCCCCGACAUGCUGCAGAUCUCUACAGAAUUAUUUUAACUGAUGAUGAAUUUGCAAAGCAUCUUGAUACUACAAAUGAACCUCGUUUUGCUUCUACAUGUUCAGAUUUACUAGAAAAGACUAUAGGAGCUAAAACAGUGCACGGGGUAUCACUAGAUGAAAUUAUAUUAAUAUGUUUUACUUUUUACAAUAUCCUCUUAAAAUUUCUUGAGUUUUCUCAAUUUGGAAAUAAUGAAGAUAAAAAAGGUAAUCGUUGGACAAUCAACCCAAUGGUUAUUAAAACCUUACCAUCAGUAACUAGAAGUAAAGCCUUAGAUGUAUCCAUUGCUCUUACAAUACCAGAUUCACUUGAUAAUCCUCCAUUUUCAAUAAAUGAUUAUGAUCGUUUUGUAAUUGGAGUUAGCCCUCAGAAUUUUAUAGCAACUUGUAUGGAGAGAAUGAAGGUAGUCUUUGGUUUUGCGACAAAAUAUAAGAUAGGAGACUCUUUAGAAAUUUGUAAUAUCAUACAGUACUACUUAAAGGAUUAUAACCCACUUUUUCAAAAUCCAGAAAAUCAAAUUACACAAUUAGAUAUAUUUGAAGAAUUUAAUAUAGUUGAUACGACUUGGGUUCCUUCUUCAGUAGUAAAUACUCAAUACACUCAGACUUUACACUAUACUCAUAUUAUACAGGGCAAAGUAAAUAUGACUCCUACACCUCUAACUCUAAAACCCUUCAUAAAAGAGGAAGGUAUAACUCCUUUAAAUAAACUCAACCCUACUAAAGCUUACAAGUUAGUUAAAGCUCUUCAUCAUCAGUGGAUGGACCAAAUGCGAAAUGAUGUACGCUUUAAAGGUAUUAAAGACUCAGAAUUAAGGACAAACUCCCCAUGGAUGAGUCAAUUAAAGCUUUGGCAUACACUAAUUAAACCUGAACUACCGGAAGUUCGAUAUGCUCCUACAUAUUAUAAAGGUAGACCUUCUAGAUUCCCUUUAAUCCCAGGAGAUAGACGUGAUAAAAUAGCUAAAAUCUAUCCUUUAGAAAAAAUAAUAGAGGAAGGAACGAAAAAGCCUGAAUAUAGAGCUAGAUAUGCUCAAAUCAUUGAAGAAACAAUUGAUUAUGGUAAUAAACGUAAAAUUUUAAAAAAAGAGAAAGAAAAGGACUUAAAUUUAGGCAAUGGUUGCCCAAGAGAUGAAAUACCAGUUUCAUGGGGUCAGAGAGCUUUGCUUCUGUUUAAUCUGGUAACUGAUGCAUUUAAAGGUGUAACAUACAGAAAUUCUGAAGGUCUAUCUUCCUUUAUAAGUAUUGAAGAUCUAUGUUACAUUUUAGAAAGAGAAUUCAAAGUAAAAAAAAACUUUUUUGCAGAGGUAAGUGAAGUUUCUCUUAAUACCUGUGUGUACUGGUUUCAAAAUUACCUUGCAAAGUUAUAUCCUCCAUUUAAAUUUAAAUCUAUGGAGAUUAGCAUUAAAAAUUCCUGUUGGAAUUCAGGAUUUAAAAGGUGGAUUUGA